UAUGUCAUUAAUAGAUUAUAUAGAGGAUGAUUAGACUUACUAAUUUACUAAAUACAUGUAGCUUGUAAAGGUAUUUUGAUAAUUGAUUCUAUUAGACUGAAGAAGACAAAAUACUUUUUGAUAGAUUUGCAUAUGGAGUUUGUGAUCCAUAAAUUAAAUAUCAAAAUGAUAAAUAGAAAAAGAAAAUGAUAAUCCUUACCAUUCUAUAAUUGUGUUAAAGGUUAUUAAUAAUAAUAAUAUAGAAAUAAAUGUGUGACUUUUGAUAAAAUAUAACAAGCUUGUUAUUUAAAUUCUAGAGCUGAGAUUGAACAAUUAUUAAUUGAUCUCAUUCAAAAAGAAUUGAUUAUUGGCACAAUUGAUGAUCAAAAAGGAUGUUUAAAUAUCUAAAGAUGUAUCAGCAGAGAUGUUAGAAAAUCUGAUAUUCCAACAAUGAAGAAUUAAAUUGAAUCCAUGUACGAGAGAGUAAAACAUUUGAAAGAAUAGUUAAAAAAAUAAUGAA